UGGACCAUCACCCGGGAAGAAUGCGACCGAAUUGCUGCUGAGAUUACUGGUGAAACUGUAGAGCCAGUUCGGCUUCAAGGGGCGUUCAGUUACACUUUAGCGGCUAGGGAGCUUCUAGUUCAAUUCCGUGUGCCCGAGUCUCUCUUGGACAACAAAACGCUGGCUCUUGCCCGGAAGGUCUAUGGAGAAGUUGUGCCCUCCUGCGUCAACAGAGGAGAGAUGGGACCGCCGCCGUCACUCACUAUCUAUGUCAUGGAUAAGGUUCCCGGAAUAACAUAUAUCAAAGCGCCUUUGACAUUACAUCAUUGUCCUUCGUGGCAAGAACAAACAGUGUCGGAUUUUGCAAGGUUCUUUGCCAAUUCAUGGGUGAACCGAUUCACAGAGCCUCAUCGCUCCGAGCACUCUUUGGCAGACCUUCAGAACAAACAUGAUACACUUCUACGGCAGCUCCCUGCUCGGUUUACCACUGUCAUCUCCAAGCUUCGCGAAGAAGUUCCAGAAAUUUUCGCCCCCACAUAUCCAUUAGUUCUAAGUCACGCUGACCUAUGUGAGAUGAACAUUAUCGUCGAUCCUGAAGUAGGUGGUAUUAAUGGGAUCGUUGAUUGGGCUGAAGCAAAAGUCUUGCCAUUCGGAAUGUCCUUGUGGGGGCUUCAAAACAUGCUUGGUACUAUGAACUCAAGUGGUUGGCAUUACCACGAAAAUUCUUCCCAACUAGAAGCCCUUUUCUGGGAUACGUUCCACAGAAUUGCGGGAGGACUUUCCAGUAAGGAAAGAAGUACCAUAAAAACAGCGGAAAGGGUUGGAUUAAUUCUUCGUUAUGGUUUCACUUGGAAAGACGGAUCGAAAGGCCCGUGA